AUUUUGUGUUAAAAAAAAAAAAAAAAAAACCAUUAACUCGCGUCUCCCUAGUUUAGGAAGUUUCCAGUCUCGGAGUCACUGUUGAGAUAUGGCGACGGCUAUAUGGCGGUGAUGGGUUGGAUGGUGGCGUCGACGACGUGGUAGUAUGCAUCGCUCCAAGACCGUAGUUUUCAUCUGGUUCCUCUACGCCUUGCUCUUCUACUCUCUCUUCCAAAUGGCUCUCCGGAACUCCGACUCCUCACGCAAUUCCACCUCUGCCUCUGAUUCUGUAAUUUCGAACAAGGAGCGGAGGUCCGCACUGUACGAUCAGAUGGGUCGGGAUUUGGCUGAGCACGGACCGGUUUUUCUCAAAAACGGCGGCCAGACCUCCCAGUCUCUGUCACUUUCUGAUAUUUUUACUAUCAGGGAUGGAUCUGUAGCACCUGUGCUUAAGGCAGCAAAUCCUCCUGUUCGUGCUAUUGUGUUGUAUCUGAGCACACAGUACUCGAUUCCGAUUUUGAAUGCGCUCAAACCUAUACUCGAUCCUUACUUUGAUGAAGCGAUCUGGUUUCAGAACUCGAGCUUAUAUCAUUCUAGUAUGUUUCAUGCCUCGCAUCAUAUUUCACCUGUUCCUGCUACUCCAGAUGAGAUUGAAGCUGAAGCAGCUGCCGUUAGGAAUAUUGCAGAGGGUCUCUGCCCUUUGAAAAUUGUCUUGGACAGGGUGGUCUUAACUUCAACGGGUGUGCUUCUUGGGUGCUGGCAGGUAACCUCUGGAUCAGAUCCUAUAACCAUUCGAGAAAAAUUGAGGACCGCGCUUCCACGUGCACCAGAAAAGCAACUUUAUGAUGUUGCUAUUCUUCAUACUUCAUUUGCAAGGCUUCUUGGUCACCCCAAAGCAUCAUCCACGGUGCUAUCUAAUACUUCAGAACAAGUCCACUUCUUCCAAGAGCUUGUUAAUCGUCUAAACAAAGAACUCCAAGGAUUUGAGGCUGUGGUAUCUGAGCUCUGGUAUGUCGAAGAAUUUGACGUUUUGGCUCUAGCAUUGAACGGAAGAAUGAAGUUUCGCAAGUUUCAACUUGGCUGCUCGAGAAGUUGACAUCACGAUUCGCCAAUUUCACAAGUAUAAACCCAAAACAUAUCUUCACAAGGAUAUACCCUUACAAUAUCUCACAUCACAUGCAUAUGUUGUACAUUUCCUUCGGGUAAAGAACACUAGUUAUAGAUAUGCCCUUAAACCGUGUUUGUUUUACCAGUUUUCCAUCGAAGCAGGUUCUCCAUGUUGGCGUGUGAAUUCGCACUUUGUUCUGAACUGAAAAUCUAAAGAAAAUAAUUGAUGGUGUGGAUUUGAUGAA